CGGGCGGGCGGCGCGGCGGCGCGGAAGGGCGGCUCCCGGCGCAACGCCUGGGGCAACCAGUCCUACGCCGAGCUCAUCAGCCAGGCCAUCGAGAGCGCCCCCGAGAAGCGGCUCACGCUGGCGCAGAUCUACGAGUGGAUGGUCCGCUCCGUCCCCUACUUCAAGGACAAGGGCGACAGCAACAGCUCCGCCGGCUGGAAGAACUCUAUUAGACAUAACCUGUCCCUGCACAGCAAGUUUAUUAAAGUCCAUAAUGAAGCCACAGGGAAGAGCUCUUGGUGGAUGCUCAAUCCUGAGGGUGGUAAAAGUGGAAAAGCACCAAGAAGAAGAGCUGCCUCCAUGGACAACAGCAGCAAACUUGCAAAAGUCAGGGGUAAAGCAUCCAAAAAGAAGCCUCCUCUGCAGUCUGCUCCAGAAUCCACUGCUGACAGUCCUGGCUCCCAAUUCCCUAAGUGGCCUGGGAGCCCAUCCUCAAGAAGCAAUGAGGACUCUGACAUGUGGAACACCUUCCGGCCUCGAACCAGUUCCAAUGCAAGCACCAUUAGUGCCAGACUUUCUCCUAUCCUGACAGAGCAGGAUGACCUCCACGAUGAAGAGUUGCUUCCUUCUUUAGUGUACUCCAGUGCAUCUAGCAAUGUUCCACCAACUGUGACUGAGGAGCUUGAGCUCAUUGAUGGCUUAAACUUGAUGUCUCCCAGCUCAUCUGUGUUAUCUACCCAGCAGUCUGCCUCGAGUGGUCAGAUCCAGAGAGAUUCCAGUUUUUCUUUGCGGAGCCCAAAUUCAGCUGGUCAGACCACUACUUUUGGCAAUUCCCUGUUUAACCCUGUUGAUAUCUCACUGCAAAGUUCUGUCAGCCAUUUCUCUGCCCCUCAGACCUUGGAAGCUCUUCUGACACCCAGCUCUCCGCCUCCAAGGGAUGUUAUGAUGACUCAGGUGGAUCCAGUUCUCCCACAGACUGGUAACAGGAUGAGCAGCCGAACUCUUCUGCUUCUAGGUGGACAAGCCGCCCAGAAUAAAAUGAGCUCAGGCAAUCCACGAGGAAAGCCUAUAGAGCAGCAGGCAGAACCAGUCAGUGCCAGCAUUUUGCCAUCAACACUUCCCAUAGUAACAUCUCCUCAAAACACUGCCAGCAUCACCAGUUUGAAGGCUCCAGUUUCUGCAACAACUGCCCAGUCAGUCCAGCUGGGCAGUCCACUGCUUCUUUCUUCUGCUAGCCCUGCUCCCUUGGGAUUGAACCAGGACAGGCUGCCUAUUGACCUGGACAUUGACAUGUACAUGGAGAACCUUGAAUGUGAUAUGGAUUACAUAAUCAACAGUGAACUUAUGGAUGGAGAAGGACUGGACUUUAAUUUUGAACCCAUUCUGUCUACUCCCAGCUAUCCCAGCACCUCGCAGGCCUCCAACCAUACCUGGGUACCAAGUUAACUUCAGGAGCACAAAAAGUGUCCUUCAGGUUUUGAACAUUGGGUUCUGACUUCACUUCCCACCCCUGGCAGAGAAAAGAAUGGAGCACGUUGGAUUUGGUUUCCCUGCACACCACACCUUGGGCAGAAGGGGCUGCCCACCUGGGAAGAAGGGGCAACCUGCAUCUGGCAGCAACAGGAAGAGUUUAAAAAUAAUAAUCCUGUUAUGUGCCAUGGCUCUUCCUACAAACCUGACCCUGCCUUGGACCAUCUGGAGAAACCCUGGGCUCUACAUGUCCGAAGAGGAGCCCUGGUAAAAACCUCGGCCAGAAGACUCUGUGCCAGGCAAUAGCAUUUUCCCAUGUGAAGAGUUCGGUUUGCUGGAGGAAUCUCUCAAUGGCUAUCCUCUCUCUGCUAUGGCAGAAAGUCUCCCAGUGCCUCGGACUGGCGGAGGGCAGGCUCUGCUCUCACUUGGCUUGCCCUCUGGGACAAAGUAGUUGGAUGUUUUCAUUAAGCCACCAGAUGUGCACUUGGUAUCCCACAGACUUGCAGAGGAAUUGGAAGGAGCUUGUUGGUGGAAGCCCUGUGGGAAAAGGGUGCAGUAUUUCAGGGGUUGGUUUCAGUGGUUUCAGCGUGCCCAUCUCUGGAGCGCCCAUUUGUCGUUCUGCAGGGAAGGGUGGUGGUUGUGGUGCAGAAGGCUUCCUCUUGUCCACCUGAGUGGAACAGGAGGACAUUGAGUUUUUCACUGUGCCAACUGAGCCCCAUUGAAUCAGAAGCACGUUUCAAGAAGUCCCUAUGCUUUUCUCAGCACUUUCCUGACACGCCAUGCUGCUGUAAAAUAAGCACAGGUGCUAAUAGCUGUUUCUGGGACAUAAAAACAUCAUUUUGGCUUUGUUUCUGAUCUGUCUUGCUACAGCAGAGAAAUGGAAAGCCUGGGUGUGGCCUUAACAGAGCCCUGGUUGCUUUUCAGAAGGGCAUUUUCUAUAGAUAAAAUAUUUUUUUACUAAUCUGGGAACUUUCUACAGUGAAUAUGAAGCCAAUGUUAAGUGUAUCCCCAUUAGAUGUAUUAGGCAUCUCUCCCUCUGAGAAGGUACCAGUGACAGACUUCUUUUUCAGAGCUGUAUUAGGAACAAAUGCAUUUGAUGUUUGAUAAUGUAUAUGAUUGAGGGGAAAGAAUUGGCAGGUCCCCGUGGUUUCAAACCGCCUUGGGGAAGAGUUGUACAUUAUUGUAAUCUAUAUGUAAAAGUAGCUGCAAAUUACAUAGAAGCUUUUCUAAACCUUUUUAAAUAUAUAUUAUAUAUUUUAAUUGAAAAUGAGAUUAUUGGAUUAAAAAAACCAAAAAAACCCAAAAAAACUCCACAUUUGCUGCAUCUGUCCCCUUGAUACCAGAUAACACUACAGUAUGGAAGGGGACAGGCCUAAGGCAUUUUGGGCCAAGAAGCUGAAGAUGUCAUUGGAAAAGUGGGAAGGGCACCACAGUGUAACUGGGGAAUGGCUGCUCUCCCCAGAACAGGCGGAAGGUGCCUGUGUGGCAUGGCAUUCAGCCACAGCCACUCAGUCUCUUUCCCCAACUGGGCAGUCCCACCAAGCCAAGAGCACAAUGUUAGGGAAUGCUAAUCAUUAACAGCAUGCUCAUUCUCAGCUAAUCCCUUAAGUAGCUGGACUGCAGCUGAUACAUAGGACAGAUUCUCUAGUCUGCUAAGAAGAUGGUGUGGACUGGAUCAUGCUAGAUCUGCUGACACUCUGGGUUGCCCUUAUGGAGGGCACAGUUGGUUUUUUGGUAGCUCACUUUCUGGUUUCUGAAGGUUUUUGUUUUCUUGCUGAAGUUUCUGCUACUGCUGGGGAACUUGAAGCCUGUAGGUACACCUUUGCAGAUGUGCCUGGGAUCCUGUCCUGCCUCUUUGUUCUUGCAGGACAGAAGCUAGGAGUCAAGAGGUUAGUUCAGAACAUCAGCUGGCAUGUUUCUGCCACUUUUUUGGUGUUUGCAGUGGCAGGAUUUGUGGGAGACAUGCUGCUUUCAUUGUGUUCUGGUGGGCUUGGUCUGGCAGAAAGCCUUUCCAAUCCUUUCUGAAGGUGGCAGUGGCUUCUGUUCAGAAGGUUUAUAUCAUGCAGUGCUAUGAGACGUACUGUUCUACCACCUUGUCUGCUCUGUUUUCAUAGGUUUCAUUUCAUUUUCACUUGAGCGGAGAUUGGAACAGGAGCAGUUUGUCUGAUUACCUGCAACAAGGAGUAUUCAACAGUCUUAUUUUUAGGAUGCUCUGCCAUCAAAGCUUUUGAAUAGUUUGAUAACCUUUGCUUUGAAGGCUGCCUUCAUGGCAGACCUCAUGGUAGUAUGUUUCAAAUUUACCCACAGUCUGCAUGUCUGGCCAUGCCUCAUUGUAACAAACAAACAAACAAAAAGGCAGACCCUGAACUGGGAUCCCAUGUCUUGCAGACUUGAGUCAUGGAUGCCCAUUCUCACUGCAGGUAGUUUAUUACACAAAUAGAUGGACACCAUUUCCACAAACACCUGAUGGCAUGUGUUGCCCAAAUGAAUUGGCCAUUGUGGGCCGCAGCUAAUGGGUCUGGUGGGAUUUGUGUUACUUGGCACAUAAUGUACCACUUUGUCAGCUUGGGCCCUGAGGGAAAAUGAAUCCCAUGAUCUCCAGAGCAAGUUGACUGGCUGCCUGUGCUUCACAGCCAUGUAUCAAAGGACAAGACAUCGGUAUGUGUGGUCAUGUUAUAUGUGAAUCUCUAGCUCGUUUCUCAUGAAAACAGAACCCAAAGCAAUAGGGAAGACAAUAUUAGUAACCACUGCUUCAGACCUGCAAAUCCAUGGUGAGCUGUUUCUGGCUGGGUUGGUCUGUGGGGAAGAAGUGCUGUCUUCAGGCUGUUCCAAGGUGUCCCCUAGGUGUGACAGCACUGGGAACCUGGCCUGAUCUCUGGCUGCAGAGAGCCAGGCCCUGAGCACUCAGGUAGCGCCCUGGAGAGAUCUGACAUACUCUCAGCUAGUACAUGUCCUCAGCCUGUUCCAGUUGAAGGAGCUGCAGCCCAGGU